GCAACCACCAUUCCCUAUUUGUCUCUCACUUGAAACUCCCAAUAUUCACAAAUGGAAGCAAAUUGUUUUAGGUUGAACAUUAGUUCUUCAACACUAUGUUCAUAUCACUGCAGGAAGAUUAUCACAAUUCACAACCCUUCUGUGGUUGCAAUGCUUAGAAGGCCUUCAGAUGACAUUAGAGGAGAAACAGGAAAAACCAAUGCCUACAAAGAUAACUUAUUUGAUCGCUUAGCAAUAAAUCAUCUAUCAAAAAGCGUUCAAGCAGCUACAGGACUUGGUAAUAAUAAGAGUGGGUAUGAGAGCUUGGUUGAGGCAGCUACUGCCGCUAAAUUGAAAUUUGAUCCUAUUCACCAGCAAGAGGUUGUGAUUCAAGCUCUUGAUAGAGCCUUCCCGAAGCCAAUACUCUCAUUGAUAAAAACACUGCUACCACCAUCUAAACUCGCACGGGAAUAUUUUGCCGCUUUCACGCCUUUAUUCUUUGCAUGGUUAGUCGGGCCCUCCGAGGUGAGAGAAUCGGAGGUCAACGGGCGAAGGGAAAAAAAUGUAGUCUUCAUCAGAAAAUGCAGGUUUUUAGAGGAGACAAAUUGUGUAGGGAUGUGUAUUAAUCUUUGCAAAAUGCCAUCUCAAUCGUUUAUAAAGGGCUCUCUGGGGAUGCCAGUCAAUAUGGUCCCGAAUUUUGACGAUAUGAGUUGUGAAAUGAUAUUUGGACAAGAUCCUCCAGCAUCAACUGAUGAUCCAGCACUUAAGCAACCAUGCUAUAAACUAUGCAAGACAUAUAAGAAACAUGGACCGAACUGCCUCAAUUAAUGUACAGGGCUUUGAGAUGAGCAAGGAUAGAACAAGAAUGUCUCCCACGUUUUGUAUGGUGCCAAAGCUCACA